UUGUUUGUUCUUUGUGUGUCUCUGUGUGUGAGCAGUCAAUAAAAGUCUAGCUUCUUUUGGGUCGCCUCGUUUCAGUUUGUGCUGUUGGGUAGAAUCAACAGAAAACCAGAAAUAUGAAGAUUUAUCUUGUGCUACUGCUGCUGCUGCCACUCUGCUCAGCUGAGCAGUUUCAUAUCCAGUGUUAUGGUGAGGACUUCCUGAUGGUCAACAACUUGCUGCUGGAUUGCUCCAGCAAAGUCCAACAAGCCUGCUACACCAGAAACAAUGGAGAAAAAGGCUGUACCCAGCUUGAGAACUGCUCUAACCACGGCUGGACCUGCUGCUACACCAACGGCUGCAACGCAUGAGCCAAUCACAGCCUGGAAAUCUCUUACAUCUUCAAACCACAUGAUGUAAAAUAAACUUGUGAGCAAGA